UCAAAUUUUUGGCAGUAUAGAUCAGAAGCAACAAAGAAUGGACUACAAGAUUCUCGCCUUUGCUUUUCUCCUGGUCGCCAAAGCAUGUGGAUUGAACUUUCACCCAGUUAAAGGUCAUGUUGCUGACUAUUUGAAAUCCGCUAAAUGGAGACUCACCAAGACGUACGCAAAGAUUCACAAUCCGAUAUCAUUGGAUAUAAUAUCUAACUACAGACUCCCUGCUGGAACGAUUUUGCAUGCAUUCGGACAAGCACGUGACUGUGAAGAAAUUCUGAAGUGGAAUUCCCGCACCAGAGGAAGAGACAGGGUGUACACAAUCUAUCCGGACAACAAAAAUCCAACGAGAGUCUACUGUGACAUGACCACAGACGGAGGGGGUUGGACGGUAAUACAGAGAAGAUUUAAUGGUCAGACGAAUUUUCGCCUGAACUGGAAUGAUUACAAGAGAGGAUUCGGUGAUGUAAGCAAGGAAUAUUGGUUAGGAAAUGACAAAAUCCAUGCCUUGACCAGCGGAAGAAACCAGGAACUGCGUAUUGACAUGAAGAAAUUCACUGGAUCCAUGGUGUAUGCUCGGUACUCACAUUUCUCUGUUGGGAGUGAAUCUUCUAAAUAUAGACUCUCCAUCAGCGGCUACAGCGGAAAUGCAGGAGACAUGAUGAUACAAGCUCAUAACUUGAGUGGUAUGUACUUCUCAACAAAGGAUAGAGACAAUGACGGGAGUGGACGGCAUUGCGCCGCCUAUCACACUGGUGGAUGGUGGUACAAUAACUGUGCAUGGUCAAAUCUCAAUGGCGUUUAUCAACCGUCGAAUAAGAGAACCGAAAUCGGCCCCUACUGGGGAACGAAAAUUGAGAACAUGAAGUCGACGAAAAUGAUAAUCAGAUCCAAGAAAUAAGAACAUUUAUAUUUUUGUGAAAUAAAUGAAUAUUGUUAAUA